UCAUGUUUGGGCUUCGGACCAAAAAACAGAUGACCACCAAGUUUUCUCCAUACUUUUUAAUGUUUUGGAGAGAAGCACGCUAUCCAAUCCAAAUACCAGAGGAAUACCAGGUCAGCAGCAGUGUUGAAGAACUGAUUCAGGAGGAGACUGUGAGCCAAGGCAUCGAGCUGCUUGAUGAAUUGAAAACCAUCAUUGAGGAAAAUAUCUCCAGAUCCCAAGAAAAGAGGAAAAAAAGACUAAGUGCAUCAAGACGGAAAGAAAGUUUUGUUGUUGGACAGAAAGUCUUAAGGCAAAACGUGAGGAGUCAGCAGCGUAAAGGUGGAAAGCUUGAACCCAACUUUCUCGGUCCGUUUACCAUCACUGCAAUCCAGGGAAAAAGUGCCGACCUUCUUGGGGAGAAUGGAUCAGUAUUCAAAAAUGUCAGUGUUGACCACCUUAAACAUUUUUUGCCACAACAACCACGAGUUCCUCAUAAAGUAACUGCCUCCUUGCCUCAAACCUUCAGCAUCAUCCCCCACGGCAAAACCUCCAACACCCUCAGCAUCCACCCAUGUUGCUCCUCCCUCAUCUCCUCCUUCAUCUCCCCCAACACCCUCAGCAUCCACCCAUGUUGCUCCUCCUUCAUCUCCUCCAACACCCUCAGCAUCCACCCAUGUUGCUCCUCCCUCAUCUCCUCCUUCAUCUCCCCCAACACCCUCAGCAUCCACCCAUGUUGCUCCUCCCUCAUCUCCUCCCUCAUCCUCAGCAUCCACCCAUGUUGCUCCUCCCUCAUCUCCUCCCUCAUCCUCAGCAUCCACCCUUGUUGUUCCUCCCUCAUCUCCUCCUCCUUCAUCUCCCCCAACACCCUCAGCAUCCACCCAUGUUGCUCCUCCCUCAUCUCCUCCUUCAUCUCCCCCAACACCCUCAGCAUCCACCCAUGUUGUUCCUCCCUCAUCCUCAGCAUCCACCCUUGUUGCUCCUCCUUCAUCUCCCCCAACACCCUCAGCAUCCACCCUUGUUGCUCCUCCCUCAUCUCCUCCUUCAUCUCCCCCAACACCCUCAGCAUCCACCCAUGUUGUUCCUCCCUCAUCUCCUCCCUCAUCCUCAGCAUCCACCCUUGUUGCUCCUCCCUCAUCUCCUCCUUCAUCUCCCCAACACCCUCAGCAUCCACCCAUGUUGUUCCUCCCUCAUCUCCUCCCUCAUCCUCAGCAUCCACCCUUGUUACUCCUCCCUCAUCUCCUCCCUCAUCCUCAGCAUCCACCCUUGUUGCUCCUCCCUCAUCUCCUCCUUCAUCUCCCCCAACACCCUCAGCAUCCACCCAUGUUGCUCCACCUUCAUCUUCUCCUUCAUCUCCCCCAACACCCUCAGCAUCCACCCUUGUUGCUCCCCCUUCAUCUCCGCCAACACCCUCAGCAUCCACCCAUGUUGCUCCUCCUUCAUCUCCUCCCUCAUCUCCCCCUUCAUCUCCGCCAACACCCUCAGCAUCCACCCAUGUUGCUCCUCCUUCAUCUCCUCCCUCAUCUCCCCCUUCAUCUCCGCCAACACCCUCAGCAUCCACCCAUGUUGCUCCUCCUUCAUCUCGCCCAACACCUUCAGCAUCCUACACAGCUGCUACAAUGUCAUUGGAGAGUUUGCCAAAAGUUUUAGGAAAGGUUUGGAGUGGAAGAACAAAACAAAAUUGCAUUCUCCUGUCAAAGAUUGGCCCAUACAAGUUGUUUUGGUGGGAUUUUGAUAGAAUCCGUCCUGGCAAUGAGCUGGAGAGUGAGGUGAUAAACGCCUAUUUACAUGUCGUGGUCGAACGGUUUAAUCAGAAGCACCAAGAACAAGCAGCCCUGAUAGACAGUUUUGAAAUGACACGUAUUUGGAAACAUCAAAAAUCCAGAGAGUGUGUGUAA